UUUUACACAAACAUAAAUCUCACAAACCCAAAGCUCCCCAAAAAUAAUUAAAAAAAUCGAAAUAAUAUUUCCUUACUCUGAAAGAAACAACUUACUCUUUUUCUUUGGCUUCGUCGAAGACUCAAUCAAUCAAAGGGUCUUUUUUAGUUUCUGUUUCGACUGGUUGGGUCGAUCGAUUAUCCAACGAUCAAGAAGCCUCCCUCUUACGAGCUAUGUUCAAGUUCUGGAGUUCACAGGAGCAGCAAGCUCAGCCACGUCCACAGGAGGGUUCUUCACAUUCUUGGUAUCCUCCUUCCGUAGUUGGCUCCCCUAGUUCUUCCCGACCUACAACACCAAGUAGCAGCGCUUCUAACAGCUUCAACUUACAAAGGCCUGCAGAACGGCCACAUUCUCCCACACCUGUUUCUCCUGCUGAAGCUGCAGGAAUCAUUGCUCUUUUAAAGGACAAAAACGUUGAUGAAUUACGGAAGCUUUUGUCAGACAAGGAUGCAUACAAUCACUUCUUACUAUCGGUUGACCAGGUUAAAAUUCAAAACAAUAUAAGAGAUGAACUUCGCAAGGAGACUUUGCAGCUUGCUAGGAACAAUUUAGAUAAAGAACCACGAAUAAUGGAGCUAAGAAACCAGUGCAGAAUUAUCCGGACAACAGAAUUGGCGACAGCUCAGGAAAAACUAAAUGAGCUUGAGAGACAGAAAGAAGAGACUUUGAAGUACUACUCCCCCGCAUCAUUUAUCCGUAGGCUCCAAGAUGCAAUGAAUGAAACAGAAGAGGAAUUGGAAGCCUUGCACAGGCAGCUCCUUGACAGGGAGUUAGAUCUAGGGACUUUUGUGCAGAAGUACAAGAAGCUCCGAACUACAUACCAGCGGCGAGCUCUCAUUCAUCUUGCAGCUAAAACAUCUCCGAUUGGAUGAUGGAAACACUCGGAGAUAGUUGUUGAUUGUAUACCUAAUAUUGAGAGGGUGUUGGUUGUUCUUGGUGUCUGAAAUUCAUAUAUUCUCACUUCGUUAUAGCCCAAAUAAACCUCUGAACCUUUUUCAAUUAAUUAAAUCUCUCUAGUUAUAACGUGUUCAA